AUGUCUGAAAUUCACGAAGAAGAACAAGACGAGACUCUCCGAGCAUCUCGAUUGGCGUUCGACUACAUUUUCAAGCUCAUCUACCCAGUUUUCUACUUCGUCACAAUUCCGCUGCGAAUAACAAAUUGGUUUUUCACAAACUUUCCGGUAUUUUCCUCCCUAUCCCUAUUCCUUUUUGUGUCCACAACGUUAAUUGUGAUUUAUGUGUACCGAAGACUCUCAUCGACACCUCGUGAAAGCUUUAUCAGCUACGUUCUCUACACUGUUCUCCCAUAUGCAGUUUCAAUUGUGUACACAACUGUUGGAUUCAUUUUUCCUCAGGUGCAUUUCUUCACUAAAAUCAUCAAUGUGCUUCUUCAUCCAAUAAAUUUCAUUCUUGGAUUCAUCGAAAAAGUGGACAGCAGAGCUGCUCCGAUUCGCCGAACAGUCGAAGCUCUACAUGGUCCAAAGCCAUCGAAAAAGAGUAUCAAAUCCAUCGAAGAGUCGCUCAACGAAACACGUCUUCAAUGUUAUCUGUGUAAGCUAGCCGACAAACGAGUCCUUCUCCGCCCGUGCAAUCAUUUCUGUCUCUGCGAAAAGUGCAACGACGCCUUCCAGAAGCAAAUCCCACCACUUUGCCCCAUUUGUCAUAUUCCUGUACAUUCAUUCGAUAUUAUUCAUCUUUCAUGA